AUGCUUAUAUCAAAAGCACAGAUUCUGCACGAUAAAGUCACAGCCCGCCUUCGUGACGCACUAAACGAUAAAAUCACAGAGAUGAAUGUGCUUUCACAGAUCCAGGCCUUUUUCAGAAAGAAUCCCUCGAUGCGGAAAGAGACAGAAAUUUUCACGUGUUUACAGGAAAUCCUGCACAAAACAGGGUUUCUCUCAGGGCUUGGAACAGGCGAAAUAUGCCCUGACAAAGGCGUUUUGGAGGAGCUGGACUCUUUUCUGUGUGACCCCUGCGUAUUCCCUUUGAUGAGCAUGUCUCGGGAAAUUUCAGGUUCGAUGCAAAAUAUUGUUUCAGAUUCCGAUAGCAAAAUGAUGCAAGUUUUUAGCAAAACAUUUACAACGGUUUUUUGCAAAUAUUUUCUGAACCUGACAAAAGUUGCCUGGGUUUUGCACCGGCUGAAAACUGCACCUGAAUCCUCCAUGGACAGCUCCAGACGCGCCUGCAACACGAUUAAGCUGGCAGUUUUUCUUAGGAAGCAGUACGAGACUGUGGGAUUUGCCUUGAAGAUUCGCCUUCUGCAGCUUUUGGACGUAAUAUAUGCGAAUGGCGUGAGCCUAGGAAUAGGUUCCGGAGGGAAUAUUCAGGUCUUUCUUCGGGUGCUGGAAUCGAUGAAAAAAUCUACAUUUUAUCAAUUUAUCGCAAAAGUUUUACCAUCUGCAGAAAACACGUUACUUUCAGGUUCUGGAUUCCCAAAUAAGGCAAAAAACUCGAAAAUCCUCGCAUGGAAGAAUGCCGCCAAAAGAGUUUUGCAGGCCCACAGCACGUGGUGGUUCCUUGAGGGCCUUCAACUAAGAAACAGCAAAAACUCUGUUAUAGGGGCUUCUUUGCUCCUAUACAUUGAAAGCAUACCGGACAUUAAAGGAUACGUGGAAGAAGCCAAAAUAGCCUCGCAUAUCAAGCAGGUUAAGGAGUUCAUGUACAAAAUUGUGCUAGAAAUGGCCCGUGAUAAAUACGCCGAAAAUGUUCCGUUGGGUGUUUUGAGUGAAAGCGUAGUGAGUUCAGAAUUUUCUGAACUGGUUAAGAAUCAAAGGGAAAGCUUUACCGGGAAGUGCCUGGAGUGGAUUCAUACGGGAAAGCACGUUGAAACAACAAGGAAGAAAAACACGUGCAGAAAACGCAUGCUUUUGGCGGGGGCUGUUUUGGCGGGGGUUCUUGUUUUGGUGGGAACGGCCUGGGGGUGCACGAGUUGCUAUGCGGGGUGCAUUAAGUUCGAAUAG